UCUGUCCACACAGGUAACUCCACAUCUGUGAAGGCGGCCUGCUACAUCCUGAUUGGCGUUGGGGCCUUCUCCAUGCUCAUGGGCUUCCUCGGCUGCCUGGGGGCCAUUUACGAGAUCCGCUGUCUGCUCGGCCUGUACUUCACCUGCCUCCUGCUGAUCGUCAUCGCUCAGGUAGUAGCCGGCGCCCUCAUCUACUUCCAGAAGGAGACGGUGAGUGAUGUCACUUCCUCUUCCUCUGUCCUAGAUUUCAUUGAGUGGUGCAGUAAUGAUGUAUUUUUGAAGGCCAACCCUGAAGUUAGCGUCCCAAGUCCUUGCACGCGAAAAUAGCAAUUGCAUUUUUCA